CUGGCCAGUGGUUUAGACCUUUGAGCCCAUUUUCCUUCUUCCUUCCUCUUCCCCCACCCCUCCACACCAGUCUUAUUUUAGCAAAACCUAGAGAAGAAGGAGGAGGAGGAGGAGGCAUUGCGGGGUGGGGGGAACGCUAGGCAUUGCAGCAUCCGGGAGCAGCUACUCAGUGGCUAAAGCGAACGGCGCAUACCUCUCUCUCCCUCUCUCUCUUUUUCCCCUGUUGGGAAUUUUCAGGAUUUCAUUGCUGCAAUUUAACCCCAAGAUGAGGCACGAUUGAGCGAAAGGAUGCGCGCACACGCACACUCACACUCCGUGAGCAGAAGAGGCAGCCGCUGGUGAUUCAGGAAGAAAAAAAAAAAAAUUCACCCGGACCCUGCGGCUUCAAGACUCCUUAAGAGCCCUCCGGAGCGUUUCCCUCCCCCUCCCCUUCUUUCCUUUCCCGUUAAUAUUCUUUCUUUUCAUUUAAUUUUUUGGCUACAGAUCUUUCAGCCUUUUUAAGGUCUAGGAACUCAAGCAAAACAGAAAGGGGGAUUUUUUUUAAAUUUUGGGGGCUGCCCUCCCCCCCCCCCGCAAAGACCUGGUUUUUAUUUUUAUUUUUCAAUAAAAUUUUUUUCUAAUGGGCCGAGCGCACUCCUUUUGCAAGAUGCCAGCCUGACCCGGACCUCGGAGGAAUUUGAAGCUUCCACUGCGUCCCGGGGGGGCGUCCUUUGCAAACCGUUCGCGUCUUAAAGGGGAAUGGCCCGCUUCGGAGACGAGAUGCCGGCCCGCUACGGGGGAGGAGGCUCCGGGGCAGCCGCCGGGGUGGUCGUGGGCGCCGGAGGCGGGCGAGGAGCCGGGGGCAGCCGGCAGGGCGGGCAGCCCGGGGCGCAAAGGAUGUACAAGCAGUCAAUGGCGCAGAGAGCGCGGACCAUGGCCCUCUACAACCCCAUCCCCGUCCGACAGAACUGCCUCACGGUCAACCGGUCUCUAUUCCUCUUCAGCGAGGACAACGUGGUGAGAAAAUACGCCAAAAAGAUCACCGAAUGGCCUCCCUUUGAAUAUAUGAUUUUAGCCACCAUCAUAGCAAACUGCAUUGUCCUUGCUCUGGAGCAGCACCUACCUGACGAUGACAAGACCCCAAUGUCUGAACGACUGGAUGAUACAGAACCAUACUUCAUUGGAAUUUUUUGUUUCGAGGCUGGCAUUAAAAUCAUCGCCCUGGGGUUUGCCUUCCAUAAAGGCUCUUACUUAAGGAAUGGUUGGAACGUGAUGGACUUCGUGGUGGUGCUAACAGGCAUCUUGGCGACAGUUGGGACGGAGUUUGACCUACGGACGCUGAGGGCAGUUCGAGUGCUGAGGCCGCUCAAGCUGGUGUCUGGAAUCCCAAGUUUACAAGUCGUCCUGAAGUCGAUCAUGAAGGCAAUGAUCCCCCUGCUGCAGAUUGGCCUCCUCCUAUUUUUUGCAAUCCUUAUUUUUGCAAUCAUAGGGUUAGAAUUUUAUAUGGGAAAAUUUCAUACCACCUGCUUUGAAGAGGGGACAGAUGACAUUCAGGGUGAGUCUCCGGCUCCCUGUGGGACAGAGGAACCCGCCCGCACCUGCCCCAAUGGGACCAAAUGUCAGCCCUACUGGGAAGGGCCCAACAAUGGGAUCACUCAGUUCGACAACAUCCUGUUUGCAGUGCUGACGGUUUUCCAGUGCAUCACCAUGGAAGGGUGGACUGACCUCCUCUACAACAGCAACGAUGCCUCAGGGAACACUUGGAACUGGUUGUACUUCAUCCCUCUCAUCAUCAUUGGCUCUUUUUUUAUGCUGAACCUCGUGCUGGGUGUGCUGUCAGGGGAAUUUGCCAAAGAAAGGGAGCGGGUGGAGAACCGGCGGGCUUUUCUGAAGCUCAGGCGGCAGCAGCAGAUCGAACGAGAGCUCAAUGGGUACAUGGAGUGGAUCUCAAAAGCAGAAGAGGUGAUCCUCGCGGAGGAUGAAACCGACGGAGAGCAGAGGCAUCCCUUUGAUGCUCUGCGGAGAGCCGCCAUAAAGAAGAGCAAGACAGACCUGCUCAACCCUGAGGAGGCGGAGGACCAGCUGGCAGACAUCGCCUCUGUGGGGUCUCCCUUUGCCCGAGCCAGCAUAAAAAGUGCCAAGCUGGAGAACUCGACUUUUUUUCACAAAAAGGAGAGGAGGAUGCGUUUCUACAUCCGCCGCAUGGUCAAAACUCAGGCCUUCUACUGGACUGUGCUCAGUCUGGUAGCCCUCAACACGCUGUGUGUUGCUAUUGUUCACUACAACCAGCCCGAGUGGCUCUCCGACUUCCUCUACUAUGCAGAAUUCAUUUUCUUAGGACUCUUUAUGUCCGAAAUGUUUAUAAAAAUGUACGGGCUUGGGACGCGGCCUUACUUCCACUCUUCCUUCAACUGCUUUGACUGUGGGGUUAUCAUCGGGAGCAUUUUCGAGGUCAUUUGGGCCGUCAUAAAACCCGGCACAUCCUUUGGAAUCAGCGUGUUACGAGCCCUCAGGUUAUUGCGUAUUUUCAAAGUCACAAAGUACUGGGCAUCUCUCAGGAACCUGGUCGUCUCUCUUCUCAACUCCAUGAAAUCUAUCAUCAGCCUGUUGUUCCUCCUUUUCCUGUUCAUUGUCGUCUUCGCCCUUUUGGGAAUGCAACUCUUCGGCGGCCAGUUUAACUUCGAUGAAGGGACUCCUCCUACCAACUUCGACACUUUUCCAGCAGCAAUAAUGACGGUGUUUCAGAUCCUGACGGGGGAAGACUGGAACGAGGUCAUGUACGACGGUAUCAAGUCUCAGGGGGGCGUGCAGGGCGGCAUGGUGUUCUCCAUCUACUUCAUCGUGCUGACGCUCUUCGGGAACUACACCCUCCUGAACGUAUUCUUAGCCAUCGCGGUGGAUAAUUUGGCCAACGCCCAGGAGCUCACCAAGGACGAGCAAGAAGAAGAAGAAGCAGCCAACCAGAAACUCGCCCUGCAGAAAGCCAAGGAGGUGGCAGAAGUGAGUCCUCUGUCGGCGGCCAACAUGUCCAUAGCUGUGAAGGAGCAACAGAAGAACCAGAAGCCCACCAAGUCGGUGUGGGAGCAGCGGACGAGUGAGAUGCGCAAGCAGAACCUGCUGGCCAGCCGGGAGGCCCUGUACAACGAGAUGGACCCCGACGAGCGCUGGAAGGCCGCCUACGCCCGGCACCUGCGGCCGGACAUGAAGACCCACCUGGACCGGCCGCUGGUGGUCGAUCCCCAGGAGAACCGCAACAACAACACCAACAAGAGCCGGGCGGCCGAGCCCACUGUGGACCAGCGCCUCGGCCAGCAGCGAGCCGAGGACUUCCUCAGGAAACAGGCCCGCUACCACGACCGGGCCCGGGACCCCAGCGGCUCGGUGGGCCUGGCCCCCCGCCGGCCCUGGGCGGGCAGCCAGGAGGCCGAGCUGAGCCGGGAAGGGCCUUAUGGGCGCGGGGGCGGCGAGGAGGACGGCGACGGGCCCGACGGCGGCGAGCGGAGGAGAAGGCACCGCCACGGCCCUCCGACGGCGUACGAGGCGGACGCGCGGAGGGAGGACAGGGAGCGCAGGCACCGCAGGAGGAAAGAGAACCAGGGCCCCGGGGUCCCCGUGUCGGGCCCCAACCUGUCGACCACCCGGCCAAUCCAGCAAGACCUGGGCCGCCAAGAGCCGCCGCUGGCCGAGGACAUUGACAACAUGAGGAACAACAAGCUGGCCACCGCGGGCUCGGCCGGCGCCCACGACAGCCUCAGCCGCCCCGGCCUGCCCCAGAGCCCCGCCAGGACCGGGAACAGUACCGACCCCGGCCCCGCGCCAGCCCCGCCUGCCGCGGCCACCAACCCCCAGAAUGCCGCCAGCCGCUGGACACCCAACAACCCAGGGGACCCAUCCGACCCCGGCCCCCCCAAGACCCCCGAGAACAGCCUUAUCGUCACCAACCCCAGCAGCACCCAGACCAACUCAGCGAAGACUGCCAGGAAACCCGACCACACCACGGUGGAUAUCCCCCCGGCCUGCCCGCCCCCCCUCAACCACACCGUCGUCCAAGUGAACAAAAACGCCAACCCAGACCCACUGCCAAAAAAGGAGGAAGAGAAGAAGGAGGAGGAGGAAGACGACCCCGGGGAAGACGGCCCCAAGCCCAUGCCUCCCUACAGCUCCAUGUUUAUCCUCUCUACGACCAACCCCCUGCGCCGCCUGUGCCAUUACAUCCUGAAUCUGCGCUACUUUGAGAUGUGCAUCCUCAUGGUCAUUGCCAUGAGCAGCAUUGCCCUGGCGGCCGAGGACCCCGUGCAGCCCAACGCUCCGCGGAACAACGUGCUGCGAUAUUUUGACUACGUUUUUACAGGCGUCUUUACCUUUGAGAUGGUGAUCAAGAUGAUCGACCUGGGGCUCGUCCUACACCAGGGUGCCUACUUCCGCGACCUCUGGAACAUUCUCGACUUCAUAGUGGUCAGUGGGGCCCUGGUGGCCUUUGCCUUCACUGGCAACAGCAAAGGAAAGGACAUCAACACAAUUAAAUCCCUCCGAGUCCUCCGGGUGCUACGACCUCUUAAAACCAUCAAGCGGUUGCCAAAGCUCAAGGCCGUGUUCGACUGUGUGGUGAACUCGCUCAAGAACGUCUUCAACAUCCUCAUCGUCUACAUGCUGUUCAUGUUCAUUUUCGCCGUGGUGGCCGUGCAGCUCUUCAAGGGGAAGUUCUUCCACUGCACCGACGAGUCCAAGGAGUUCGAGAAAGACUGUCGCGGCAAGUACCUUCUGUACGAGAAGAACGAGGUGAAGGCCCGGGACAGACAGUGGAAGAAAUACGAGUUCCAUUAUGACAACGUGCUGUGGGCCCUGCUGACCCUCUUCACCGUGUCCACGGGAGAAGGCUGGCCACAGGUCCUCAAGCACUCCGUGGACGCCACCUUUGAGAACCAGGGCCCCAGCCCCGGGUACCGCAUGGAGAUGUCCAUCUUCUAUGUCGUCUACUUUGUGGUCUUCCCCUUCUUCUUCGUCAAUAUCUUUGUGGCCUUAAUCAUCAUCACCUUCCAGGAGCAGGGGGACAAGAUGAUGGAGGAAUACAGCCUGGAGAAAAACGAGAGAGCCUGCAUCGACUUUGCCAUCAGUGCCAAGCCGCUGACCCGACACAUGCCCCAGAACAAGCAGAGCUUCCAGUACCGCAUGUGGCAGUUCGUGGUGUCCCCGCCCUUCGAGUACACCAUCAUGGCCAUGAUCGCUCUCAACACCAUCGUGCUCAUGAUGAAGUUCUACGGGGCCUCGGUGGCUUAUGAAAACGCUCUGAGGGUAUUCAACAUCGUCUUCACCUCCCUCUUCUCUCUGGAAUGUCUGCUGAAAGUCAUGGCUUUUGGGAUUCUGAAUUAUUUCCGCGAUGCCUGGAACAUCUUCGACUUUGUGACUGUUCUGGGCAGCAUCACCGACAUCCUCGUGACCGAGUUUGGGAAUCCGAAUAACUUCAUCAACUUGAGCUUCCUCCGCCUCUUCCGAGCUGCCCGGCUCAUCAAGCUGCUCCGUCAGGGUUACACCAUCCGAAUCCUCCUCUGGACCUUCGUGCAGUCCUUCAAGGCCCUGCCAUAUGUCUGUCUGCUGAUUGCCAUGCUUUUCUUUAUCUACGCCAUCAUUGGGAUGCAGGUGUUUGGCAACAUCGGCAUCGACGUGGAGGAUGAGGACAGUGAUGAGGAUGAAUUCCAAAUCACGGAGCACAAUAACUUUCGGACCUUCUUCCAGGCCCUCAUGCUUCUCUUCAGGAGCGCCACUGGGGAGGCUUGGCACAACAUCAUGCUCUCCUGCCUCAGCGGGAAGCCGUGCGAUAGGAACUCCGGCAUCCUGACGCCCGAGUGUGGCAACGAAUUUGCUUAUUUUUACUUCGUGUCCUUCAUCUUCCUGUGCUCGUUUCUGAUGCUGAACCUCUUUGUCGCCGUCAUCAUGGACAACUUUGAGUACCUCACCCGAGAUUCCUCCAUCCUGGGUCCCCACCACCUGGAUGAGUACGUGCGUGUCUGGGCCGAGUACGACCCCGCAGCGUGGGGCCGCAUGCCUUACCCGGACAUGUAUCAGAUGCUGAGACACAUGUCCCCGCCCCUGGGUCUGGGGAAGAAGUGCCCGGCCAGAGUGGCUUACAAGAGGCUCCUUCGCAUGGAUCUGCCCGUGGCCGAUGACAACACCGUCCACUUCAAUUCUACCCUCAUGGCUCUGAUCCGCACGGCCCUGGACAUCAAGAUCGCCAAGGGCGGAGCCGACAAACAGCAGAUGGACGCUGAGCUGAGGAAGGAGAUGAUGGCCAUCUGGCCCAACCUGUCCCAGAAGACACUGGACCUGCUGGUCACCCCUCACAAGUCCACAGACCUGACAGUGGGCAAGAUCUACGCGGCCAUGAUGAUUAUGGAGUACUACCGGCAGAGCAAGGCCAAGAAGCUGCAGGCCCUGCGCGAGGAGCAGAACCGGACGCCACUCAUGUUCCAGCGCAUGGAGCCCCCGUCUCCAACACAGGAGGGGGGGCCCGGCCAGAACGCUCUUCCCUCCUCCCAGCUGGACCCAGGUGGAGGCCUGAUGGCUCAUGAAAGCAGCAUCAAGGAGAGCCCAUCCUGGGUGACCCAGCGAGCCCAGGAGAUGUUCCAGAAGACAGGAACAUGGAGCCCAGAGCGGGGGCCUCCCACCGACAUGCCCAACAGCCAGCCCAACUCCCAGUCUGUGGAGUUGCGAGAGAUGGGCAGAGACGGCUACUCGGACAGUGAGCGCUACCUCCCCAUGGAAGGCCAGGCCCGGGCCGCCUCCAUGCCCCGCCUCCCCGCGGAGAACCAGAGGAGAAGGGGCCGGCCACGUGGGAAUAACCUCAGUACCAUCUCAGACACCAGCCCCAUGAAGCGCUCGGCCUCCGUGCUGGGCCCCAAAGCCCGGCGCCUGGACGACUACUCCCUGGAGAGAGUGCCGCCGGAAGAGAACCAGCGGCACCACCAGCGGCGCCGGGACCGUGGCCACCGAGCCUCUGAGCGCUCCCUGGGCCGCUACACAGACGUGGACACAGCCCCCAGGGCGUGUCGCCACGGCGGGGCGCGGUGGCCGGCGUCCGGCGCGCACGCGCCCGAGGGGCCCCCCGGUCCCCGGCACCACGGUUACUACCGGGGCUCCGACUACGACGAGGCUGAUGGCCCGGGCGGCGGUGGCGGGGAGGAGCCCCGGGCCGCGGCUUACGACGCGCCACCCCCUGCGCGACACGCGUGCUCGCCCAGGACUCCCCGGGCCCCGGGCCCGGCCUGCGCCUCGCCUUCCCGGCACGGCCGGCGACUCCCCAACGGCUACUACCUGGCCCACGGACUGGCCAGGCCCCGCGGGCCGGGCUCCCGGAAAGGCCUGCACGAAGCCUACAGCGAGACCGACGACGACGACUGGUGCUAAGCCCGGGCGAGGUGGCACCCGCGCCCGCCCGGGCCCCCCCACGCACCCCACGCACACGCCCCACGGGGAGGAGCCGCGCACAGGCCGCGGGGCCACCUCGCUGCCACCCGCCCAGCACACAGGGGAGGCCCGGGAGGGCCCAGGAGAGGACCUGCCGGACGACCCCGGACUCUGGAGGGAGUCCCCAGGAUCCGGACACACCAGAGUGUCCCGCAAAGACCAUCAGCCGGAAAAGCCGCUCCUGGGCAGUGAUGCGCCCCCCACCCAACCCCGACUCCACCCCACGACGGGGGCCCUCGGGGGCAGACAAACCACACAGCCAAGGGAUUCGAAUUAACUCAGCCAUUUUUGGAGAACCUUGGGGAAAUGGAAAUUAAAAAAAAAAAAAAAAAAAACAUUUUUAAAAGAAAAACGGGGAGAAAAAAAAAUUGCUUCUAUUGAUGAGUUUUAUCAUCUCAAUCGAAUCUUUCCUUUCCCUGGUGAACGCGAGCUGGUGGCCCGUGUGUGGCGGAGAAGUCGGAAGUGAAGCCGAAACCCAGCGUCCCACACAGACCUCCACGAGACACUCACACCCCACACACGUUCUCAGACACACACAGGAGUGCUUGCUGGUUAUACCAAACCCUACUAUUACUGCCUGCAGAAAUCAAUUUAAAAAAAUAAACAAUUUUAAAAAGGACAAAAAAAUUAAUGAGAAAAGAAGCAUUUUUUCUGACAUUUGGUCCUGCUUGAAAUAACAAAAGAAAAAAAAAAAAAACCACCACCACUGAUUUCCUUUGCUUCUUUUUUCCUUUUUCCUACCUGUUUGAAAACUGUGGGCUUGGGACUGUGAAUUACUGCAUGACAUUCAAAAAGAAAAAAAAUAAAAAAGUUGAAUCAAAGGG